AUGGCGGCCACCAAGCACAAAGCUCCAGUGCGGAGCUCGGAGAAAAUUAACUCAAGGGUUUGGCUCUUUUCUCUUCUACUCACUCUGCAAUACGGAGCUCAGCCCCUGAUCUCCAAACGCUGCACCAGAAGAGAAGUGAUCGUAACGUCGUCUGUUCUGACAUGCGAGAUAGCCAAGGUUGUAUGUGCCCUAAUUUUCAUGGCAAGAGACGGUAGCUUGAAGAAAGUGUACAAAGAGUGGACUUUGGUUGGUGCCUUAACUGCUUCGGGCCUUCCCGCUGCCAUUUAUGCACUGCAAAAUAGUUUGCUUCAGAUUUCUUACAAGAACCUUGAUUCACUUACCUUCUCAAUGCUCAACCAGACUAAAAUUAUUUUUACUGCUCUCUUUACAUAUUUGAUACUGAGGCAGAAGCAAUCAAUCCAACAAAUUGGGGCUCUCUUCUUGUUGAUUCUGGCAGCUAUUCUUUUAAGUUUUGGUGAAGGCUCCAAAAAAGGGUCUAGUGCUAGCAAUUCUGACCAAAUAUUGUUUAAUGGGAUUAUUCCCGUCAUGGUUGCCUCUGUACUCUCAGGUUUGGCAUCCACUUUGUGUCAAUGGGCAUCCCAGGUUAAGAAACACUCAUCAUACUUGAUGACUGUAGAGAUGUCUAUUGUGGGAAGUUUAUGCUUGUUGGUUAGUACCUUUAAGUCUCCAGAUGGAGAAGCUAUUGCAAAGCAUGGCCUUUUUUAUGGAUGGACUCCAAUGACUUGGAUCCCAGUCAUAUCCAAUGCCCUUGGUGGAAUUCUUGUUGGUCUAGUCACAAGCUAUGCCGGCGGCGUUAAAAAGGGGUUCGUCAUUGUUUCUGCACUUCUUGUUACGGCUUUGUUGCAGUUCAUUUUUGAAGGGAAACCACCUUCAUUGUAUUGUCUUGUAGCUCUUCCUCUUGUGGUUAGCAGCAUUUCGAUAUACCAGAAGUAUCCAUACCGAGUUAAAAGGAAAGAACUGUAA